UAGAUUCUUCUUCCAUCUAUAUAUGACACCUGCUCACGCCUGGUUGUAGAGCAGAUGCUGAUGGGGUCUUCUUCCGAAUCAGAGCAAUCAAUCCCUGCAGAGAUUCCUCCUGAGUACGAGGAAUGGCCUUUCAUCACGAACGACGACGACAACCACGAGCGAGGAAACAACAGCAUGAGACAGACUCACCAGCAAGAGAGUAGACAGGGGCUGCUGGAAGAGGAGCCAGGUCCUGCUAGAAGGCUACGUGGGGGUGAGCCAAGAGGAAGAGUCAAUGAUGAGGACGAAGAGCUAAUGUACGAUGACCUCGACGAGCUCAAGGGCUGCCUGGAUCUCGGUUUCGGGUUCAGUUAUGAUGAGAUUCCUGAGCUGUGCAACACCCUGCCGGCUCUGGAGCUCUGCUAUUCCAUGACCCAGAGGUCUCUCGAUGAGCAGCAGCAGCAGCAGGGCCGGUCGCCGGAGGUUUCCCCGGUGCCGGCAGUGUGGAGCCCCGUUGCUAGCUGGCGGAUCUCUGCCCCUGGUGACCAUCCGGAAGCAGUCAAGGCAAGGCUCAAGGUUUGGGCACAGGUAGUGGCAUGCACGGUUCGACUAUGCAGCUAAGGAUUGCCAAAGCCCUUCUCGAAUCAUCGUUACAAUUCCUUAGAAGAGAACUGGAUGUGCCCUUCUUUGUUCUAACUGAGGACCAACUUCACCUUGUUAGUGAAUAUCCCUACUCACAUGAAUGAGUCCAUAGCAGCGGAUCUAUAGACCUCUGGGAAGACGCGCCACACCCUCGAUCACUGGUGUUGGGUUUCAAAAUUUUUGAAGGAGAUGUGAAUGCAAAUGACAACAUUUUAGACUGACAAAGAACCAGAUUUUGUUCUUCAUAUGUUAUUAUGUAUCGGUUUUGUGCUGGUAAGAUGUUUCCAUGUAAAUAAGAAAGAAUUACUUCUUGUGGGAAUGAAUGUGUUCGCAUUUCACAUUGCUUUUUCA